UAAGUUAACUUGCAUAAGGAUAGUGUGGGAUAUACUUUGAUAAAUGUGUUUAUUACUGCAUGAUGAUUUUCUUUGUGCGCUCACUGCAAACGCCUCGUGUUGUAUCGUGUAGAGCGGGCGGCGAGCGUCUCUAUGCGGUUGCGCGAGCGGGUUGUAGACUUGCACGAGGGUGUUUGAUUUCCACCCACAAACCCCUCUCCGCUCAUCUUCCCGGUGCCGAUGUUGACAAAGAGCCGUAGCUGCAGGAUGGUUGCUCGAGCUACAUCGCCGGUCUGAGACCACCUACGGCAAAACUGCCUCCCCAUUGGGUCGGAAAAGCGAAUACCGGACAGCACCGUAAUUCACAAAGACGCACUUUGUGUUAGCUACAGAUUUCCGUGUCCCUCCACCCCCUCGUCUCGCGCUCCGUCUGAUGCUUAUCAUAUGAUGCUCAUUUCUGUCGGUUAAGCGUGUUCUCCUUAUCUCUCGCCGUCUUUCUUAUUUCUUUGGUAUUUUGGAUUAUUAAUUUAAGGUGUGGCAGAUCCGGAGGAUUCGGAACCGCAGCGGGCUGUAACCCUACCUGCUUAAGACGUUUCAAUUAGAACAAUUAAAUCGGACCAUCGGCUCAGAUCCGAUAUGAUCAAUCUGAAAGCAUCGACGCACGGAAGCAUGCACGCGGCCCGGUGGGUUUCUUGAUGUUUUCAAAAGGAAACCGUGAAGCAAGAGCGAAGAGCGCGCUGGACCUCACUGGGGACUCCGCUUUCUCCCGUCGCCUCGCGGGGCCCAAGCCGUGCCUCAAGCGCGAGAGCAUGGGUCGGUGCGAUGGGAGGUGCACGCUGGUGGUCAUUUGCUGCCUGCAGCUGGUUGCUGCAUUACAGAGGCAGGUGUUUGACUUUCUGGGAUAUCAGUGGGCUCCCAUUCUUGCCAAUUUCCUCCAUAUCAUGGCUGUCAUUUUAGGAGUGUUUGGAACUGUGCAAGUCCGCUCCAGAUAUCUUAUGCUGUAUGCUGUGUGGCUUCUUGUCUGGGUUGGCUGGAACUCUUUCAUCAUCUGUUUUUAUCUGGAAGUUGGUCACCUGUCACAGGAUCGGGAUUUCCUGAUGACAUUUAACACAUCACUUCAUCGUUCCUGGUGGAUGGAGAAUGGGCCUGGUUGCUUAGUUACACCAGUGCCUGACUCGCCAUUGGCCCCUCAGGAUCAUCAUGUGAUCACUGUCAGUGGCUGCCUGCUGGACUACCAAUACAUAGAGGUGGUCAGCUCAGCCUUGCAAGUGUUCCUUGCACUCUUUGGAUUUGUCUAUGCCUGGUAUGUUAGUAAAGUCUUCCUGGAUGAUGAGGACAGCUUCGAUUUCAUUGGUGGAUUUGACACUUAUGGAUACCAGCCUCCACAGAAGAGUUCUCACUUACAGCUGCAGCCUCUCUAUACGGCUGGAUAGAAACCAAGAGAAACAACUGCCUCAGAUGAAGUCCUAUGGAUAUGGUCUACCAGCUUCAACGUCUGUGUGUCUCAAACUUUGUCUCCCUCUACUGGAGAAUAUAUAGUGCACCACCGCAGGCGCGUGUGUGACAGAAUGAGAGAGAGAACAAGCAAAUGGACAAAACCACAAAAUGCUUAAGCCUCUCACUGAGACAAGCAUUAUUAAACAGGACUUGAAGAUGGUAACAGAUCUUCUGUACAUGUGUUAAAAUGUGCACACCAGCACAUAGGCCUUUGUAUAUGUUUGUGUACUCGCAAGUCGGCCAACCUUUGACCCAGGUAAUCUUUGAACACAUCCCAGAGCUUCUCACUCAGCUGUUUUUGGUGUGUGCGCAUGGAGGAGAGAGAAUUUAUACACUGAUAUAAGAUGCUAUCAUGUUAUGUGUUAGAUGAAUGUUUUAGGUUGGGUAGGUGUGUAUUUGGGGAAUGCAGUAGGACUUUGUGCAUGUAAAAAUCACGAUAGAAGAAUCGAGCCUCUGGGUGGCCCUCAUACAUCAGCGUACAUGAGUGGGUGUUUCUGAUUGUGUUGAUGUACACGGACAAGUUUUGAUAUGUACUUACGCACCUGAAGCAUAAUGUGACUAGCCAUAAAUGUUUAUUUGAAAACAACUUUAGAAUGAAUGUAUGUUAACAUCCCAUACUUGUUCCUGGAAGGAUGUGUUUGUGUGAGUGUGAGAUAGAAGCGAGUGGGUGAUUGAGGGAUAUGCCUGAUGGGUGGGGAUAGUUCAGCAUAAACUCUUCCUAGAUUAUUCUAUGUUUUGCUCACUUGUAAAUACACAACAGAGGGUAUAUGUGAAACAAAGGACCAUUUUUAUUCACACAAGUACUUGGGUAUCGGUCUCAGGUUUAUGCCUCUCCUCCGUGUAUAAAACUUGCGCUCGCUUGAGAGCUGUGAUUCAGACAGGAGGACAGUGGACAGACCUGUUUAAUCUCACUACGUCAUUAGUUGCUAAAGCUCACUCGCAGCCAAUGUCCUUUUUCUCUUUAGACAAAGGCAGUUAUGUAGGGUCCACAAACCUACAGCCUGUUAUCUUAGAAUAAAGGAUUUUUAAAUUCA